AUCUGAUGCCAGCUCCACAUCCCUACAGCUGCAAUCCCAGAUUGAAGAAUCCCUUGGCUUUAGCAGUGUAGCAUCCACACCAGAAAUAGAAAGAAAGUUCUCUCUUCAUAAGUCAAGUUCUGAAGAAAGUGCAGUUGGUAAAGUAGAUUGGAAAAAGAAGAAUAAAUACUUCUGGCAAAACUUCCGAAAGAAUCAGAAGGGACUAAUGAGACAGUCUUCAAAAGGGGAAGAUGUUGGUUAUGUAGCAAGUGAAAUCACAAUGAGUGACGAGGAGCGGAUCCAGUUAAUGAUGAUGGUCAAGGAGAAGAUGAUUACUAUUGAGGAAGCUCUUGCAAGGCUUAAGGAAUAUGAAGCUCAACAUCGGCAAUCAGGAAACAUGGAUGCAUCUGAAUGGUCUGAUAAUUCUUAUCCGACAUUUGAUGUUUCUUCCAAUUGCAAUUGGGAAAAUCAAGGCUUAACAAGUUGAAACAGCCAGCAGGGGAUGCUGUAGAAGUAAUGAAUUUCUUGGACCUCUGUCUCAUCUCACAGGAACAUACAUACAAAUCAAGAUUAAAACUCUCCUCAUUUUCAAAUAUGUGGAUUUCAUAGUUCCAUAGGGAUAAAAAAAAAUACAGUUUUCAGUAUUUCCAAACCUGGUACUUUCUAAUUUUCCUAUGCUGUCUGGAGUUGAUGGGAAUUAUAGUCCAAGCUAUUGAAAAACCAUCAGGGUAGGCAACAUAAUAUGGAGAAUUUUCAAUGAGGCCAGGCAUGUGUUCUUUCUUUUUUGUUACUUCUUAGGGUGAUUUCAUUCUGUAACUUAAUGAAACUAUUUUUUUAAAAAAGAAAUGAAAGGAUGGCUGUAUUAUACAACUUGUAAAAGAGUUUUAACUUUAUGAUUUUAAAUAUUGAUCAGUCAAAUAUGCAUAGAGUAUUUGUGUGGUAAUCUUACAAUGUAUUUACCAUGUAGCAUGUAAUUAUGAAAUGAUUAAAUCAUUCUGAUUAAAUUGGUUUAACAGUUAAUUCUACAAUAGUGUGUUCAAAAAGGGAACUAGAUUUCUAUGACAGAGUUCUAUGAACUCUAUAAUGUCUCUCUGUGUGUGUAGAUGUAUGCAUACUUUGUAUAUGUGUGUGUGCAUAUAUACAUCCCAAAAUCAAGAAGAAACUUAUUUGCUAAAUGCUUUUAAAAAGUGACUGGAGCCAAUCUUUUGAAACAUGUUUCAGCAACUACUCCAUUAUUGAAUCAAGCCCUCAAUUAAAAUUAUAAUAAUUUUCCCGUCAUGAAUACCUGAAAGAAAAUCCCUAUUCAUUUUAUCAGGCAUUUGAUUACUAGUUAAUAUUCAGUAUGAUUCUUGCUAAAGUGACCAUUGGAGCAUGUUUGUUCAUUGGAUGGCCCGUAGGCUGGUAUUCAGUAGGGAACUGUUGCAAAUUGAUUGAAGAAACUUGUUGUUACUACUUAAGUGCUAGAUGGAUACAGGGUUGGAUUAUGUUGAAUUUUCCAUGUUCCAUUUGACGUGAGUGUUCUUGCAUUUCUCCAAGAUCCUGGAAAGUUGAUGAAAUUUAACAAGAUAACGUAGUUGGAUUUAUUUUGUCAAUUAAAUAAUUUCAAGCUCAAAUACUGUAAAACUAAUAAAUACAUUCUAUUACAUUUUGGAAAUGUAUAAACUACUCAUUGGUUCAGAUAGCAUUUUGUUUUUAAGUUCUUAGCAAAUAUAUCUAAUUUAAAGGCACACAACUCAAGAUCUCCACAAAGCUAAUAGAUGUAAAGAUGUUUAGUUUAGUUUUCCGUACUUGUUUCUUAAAAUGUGAUAUAGUGAACUACAGCCCCCAAAAAAUUAAAUUCAAAUCCAUUCUCAACUGUGGAAGACAACUGAAUGAUCUUGGACCCAGCCUGCAUUUAUGGGUUAAAUUGGAAUAAGAAGCACCCACCACCUUGACUUCUUGGAAGAAAGAUGAGAUAUAAAAGCUAACAAAAUAAAUAAACUGAAGUUAAAAUUCAGUUGUCUGAUAUUACCACUCUGACCAAAGCAUGACAAAUAAAACAAACCAGGAAAGACUAGCCUUAAAAAGAGUAAUAGAGGGUAGUGUGGCGUUUCCCAACCUUGGUAGGUUCCAAGUGUGUGGACUUCAACUCCCAGGUUUUGCAUCAGUGACCAUGAUGUCUGUGAGAUACAGAUUUCCAAUGAAGAUCUCACAGGCCUAUUGGU